AUGUCACAAGGGUACUGGGACGUCCAGAAUAGCCCCAAGGUUCACGAUGGUGAUAUUGAGCUAGAUCCCAAGAUCGUCGCAGAGCUUCCAUCCUCCAUGGUGGUCAAGAGCUGCCGGGGUCAUGGCGGGAGCAAUUGGAACACAACCGCUCGCAUUGAUGGUGAAAUCAACAAUGAAAAGAUCUCGUACUUUCUCAAGCUAACCGAGGGUCCAAAUGCUGGUCCGAUGUUCAAGGGCGAAUUCGAGUCAAUGAGUUUGAUUCAUCAAUUCAUUCCCAAAUUCUCACCCAAGCCUCUAGCCUGGGGCAUGUGUGGAAAGUCUGAGCGGUUUUUCAUACUUUUCGACUUCCACGUCCUCCGCAAGGGCAACCCGCCGAUUCCGCAAUUCACGAGCGCCGUGGCUCAGCUCCACAACCUCAGCGUCAAAGAAAACCCCACUGGCAAGUUUGGCUUCCAUGUCCCAACAUACAACGGCACACUGGAGCAGGACAAUCAGUGGACCGACAGUUGGGAGGUGUUCUACGCCAGAGGCAUGAGGCACAUGCUCAAGCUUGACGAAAUCGCAAGAGGUCCAAGCAAAGAGCUGAAGGACUUGAUGGUUCCUUUUUUCGAUAAGGUGAUUCCUAGACUUCUGCGACCACUGGAGACAAAUGGAAGAAGUAUUACACCAGUGCUUAUCCAUGGCGACCUGUGGCUAGGCAAUGUGUCUGUCAAGGAAGGGACUGACGAUCCUUUGAUGUUUGAUGCUUCUGCAUUUUGGGGCCACCAUGAAUAUGAGCUCUCUUAUAUGCGCCCCUUGGGAAAUGACUGGGCACAGGAGUGCUUCAAGAGCUACCACGAGCGCAUCCCAAAGAGCGAGCCUGUCGGGGACUGGGAUGCUCGCAAUGCUCUUUAUGCUACUCGCAUUAUUGUUCAUGAUUCAGCCCUUUAUCCCCAGGUCGACCAUUUUAGAACUACACUUAUUAAAGAAAUGGAAAAGCUGGUGAAGCAAUUUCCCGAUGGCUAUAUUCAAGAUAGUUAG